UAGUGAUACAUUUCAGUGUCUCCUCUCUCUCUCUCUCUCUCUCGCUUUCUGUGCUCUGAUGCUCUGCAAAGCCGUAGAAGUCCUCGCAGCCUGAGGAACAUAAUCCUCAGAAUCAUCCACCAUUCGGGGUUCAUAAGGAGAUUAAGAUAGGAGAAGAGAUUUUUGGGAUCUGAAAUCGAGAAUUGAGAGCGGAAAGAUGUCGAAUUUGUGCAGGGAAUUGGUGUUACUGGUCCUCCAAUUCCUUGACGAGGAGAAGUUCAGAGGGGCCAUGCAUAAGCUUGAGCAGGAAUCAGGGUUCUUUUUCAACAUGAAGUACUUUGAGGAGAAGAUUUGGACUGGAGAAUGGGAAGAAGUUGAAAAGUAUUUAUCAGGAUUUACGAAAUUCAAUGACAAUCGAUUUUCACUGAAAAUAAUGUUUGAAAUAUCAAAGCAGAAAUAUCUGGAAGCCCUCGAUCGGAACGAGAAGGUUGGGGCCAUUGACAUCUUAGUCAAUGAUCUCCAGAAGUUUGCUCCUUAUAAUCAAGAACUUUACAAGGAGAUCACACAGCUUUUAACCCUCCGAAACUUUCGGGAAAAUGCACAUCUCACUCAGUACGGCGACACCAGAUCAGCUCGUCAUAGAAUGGUGGUAGAGCUCAAAAAGCUCAUAAAAGCAAACCCUCUAUUGAAGGAUAAGCUUUAUUUUCCUUCUGUGAGGUCAGCCAGACUGCGGACUCUCAUUAAUCAGAGUCUUAACUGGCAGCACCAGCAAUGCAAGGACCCAGUUCCGAAUCCAGAAAUAAAAACUCUGUUCAUAGAUCAUUACUGUCCACCACCUCUAACUGGUCCUCUUGCUCCAGCAAAUGUCAAUCAGCCAUUUGCUGCAAUUGAAUUUCCUGCUCCUUUUCCCUCAAUGGAAGGAGCUAUUGUUCCGUAUCAGGCCCCUGGAGAAGUUCCAAGCCUAAAGCAGCCAAGAACAGCUCUGGAAACUUCUGGUGGGGUUGAUCCUUCUAGUACUGGUUUUACUGCUAUUGACCGGAUGGCGAAAGAACUGCAACAUGUUCGAUCGAACUUGGAGGGUACCUUUCAAACUUCUAGACUGCUUCAAACUUCCUGGUUGGUGGAGAACCUACCGAGAAAUGUGGCUUAUAGCAUGCGUCAAGGAUCUACAGUCACAAGCAUGGAUUUUCAUCCUCAUCACCAUGCAUUGCUCCUAGUUGGUGCUAGCAAUGGUGAAAUUAGUCUUUGGGAACUUGGAACUCGGCAGAGGGUGGCUUCGCAGCCAUUCAGAAUAUGGAAUACGGCAGCACGUUCAUCAGAACUUCAGAGCACACUUGCCAAUGAAGACACAUAUAUAUCUGUGAGCCGUGUUACAUGGAGUCCAGAUGGGAACUUUUUUGGAGUUGCAUUUACUAAAAAUUUGAUUCACUUGUAUGCUUUUUCUGGAAUUAGUGAUCUAUGCCGGUAUUUGGAGGUUGACGCCCAUGAUGGUGGUGUGAAUGACUUGGCUUUUGAUUAUCGAAACAACGAACUGUGUGUUAUCACAUGUGGAGAUGACAAGCUAAUAAAGGUAUGGGAUAUAGCAGGACGAAACUUAUAUAACUUUGAUGGUCAUGAAGCACCGGUCUAUUCAGUGUGUCCUUAUCAUAACAAGGACGUUCAGUACAUAUAUUCAACUUCUACUGAUGGGAAGAUAAAGACCUGGAUGUACGACAAUGGGGGUCCUAGAUCUGGCUGUGAUGCUCCUGGCAACUGGUGUACUACAUUGCUUUUCAGUCCGGAUGGUAACCGAAUGUUCUCUUGUGGAACAAAUAAAGAGGGAGACACUUUUCUAGUUCAAUGGAGCGAAAAUGAAGGAAUAAUUAAAGAAGGAGCAAAAAAGAGAAUUUAUUCUGGGUUCGGUAAGAAAUCUGAAGGGGUUGUGCAUUUUGACAUAACGAAAAAGCAUUUUUUGGCUGUGGGUGAAGAUAGCCAGAUCAAGUAUUGGGAUAUGGACCAUGAUGAUAUCCUGACUAGCACGGACGCCCAGGGUGAACUGCCGAGUCGUCCUCGCUUGAGAUUCAACAAGGAAGGUAGUCUUCUUGCUGUCACAACGGCACAUGAGGGAUUCAUGAUACUUGCAAAUGGAAUCGGACGCCUGAGAGUUCAUGGAGUCACUGCAACUUAUCGUGACAGGUCGAAAGAUCCUACUGAAUCCACUGCAAACAAGGCAUCUGGCUCAUCUUUGGUUGCAAAUGUCAGUGAGGCCAAUAGGAAAUCUGACAGGGGCUCUCCUGCUAGGUCUACAACAUCUCAGGCAACUGAAAUUCUUUUCAGGGUAUAUAGAGGCGCUUCUUAUCCUCACAAGAGGGGAGUAGCCUUGUGUUUGCCUCAAAAUCAUCAGAAUGGAGCUAAUAAUGGAGCUAAUACCAAGAGUAGAAGUUCCAAGAAACGGAAAACUGUGGAGGAGGUAAUCAAUAAAUCCAAACCUUGGCAGUUGACUGACAUUCGGGAUCCUGUAAGGUGUCGUUUAGGUGUUAUGCCUGAAACAGAUAAUUCCUGCAAGGUUGUUCGACUCCUAUAUACAAGUAACGGUACUGCCAUCUUGGCACUCGGGUCAAAUGGUGUACAGAGGCUGUGGAGGUGGCCCCGUACUAGAGGUCGAAUUUCAAAGGCCAGCGCCAGUGUUGUUCCGCAGCUGGUGAAAGGGGACAAUGGUCCUGUUAUGGCCAAUGAUGUCUCAGGUGUCAACCUUGAAGAGGCGGUUCCCUGCAUAGCGCUCUCAAAGAAUGACGCGUAUGUAAUGUCAGCUUAUGGUGGAAGGAUCAGAUUAUUCGACAUUUAUAAUUUGGCGGUAAUGAUAACUUUCGGGGAACUUCCCCCUGCACCAACUGAAAUUGCAUUCAAUCCUCGGGAUAAUAAUAUCAUGGCCAUUGGAAUGCAAGAUUGCACCAUACAGAUUUUCUUUUGUAGACUUAAUGAGGUAAGAGCAAUCUUGAAGUUUCACAAGAAGCGGAUAACUGGUUUAGUUUUCUCGUUCUUUCUUGGUAUACUCGUUUCAGCUAGUGCCGAUGGUCAAAUAUGUGUGUGGAGCAUUGAUCAAUGGGAGAAGAAACAAUCUGUUGCCUUAUGUUUAGGUUCUGAAAAGACACCUGAGGGUGCCACUCAAUUGCAGUUCCACUGCAACCAAGUCCGCUUACUGGUGUUUCAUGAAACACAACUGGCAGUUUAUGAUGCCUCAAAGAUGAAGCUCCUCCGGCAGUGGCUUCCACACGGUAUGCUUUCUGCUCCCAUACGUCAUGCAGCAUACUCCUUUGACAGUCGACUGGUUUAUACCGCCUUCAGUGAUGGUAACAUCGGAGUAUUUGAUGCCAGUAGCCUAAGACUGAGAUGUCGUAUUGCUCCAUCAGCAUACUUACCGGAAGCAGUCUUGAAGAGGACCGAUGAAUUGUAUCCUCUUGUCAUUGCAGGAAAUCCCCAUGUACAAAACCAGUUUGCUGUUGGGUUGUCUGAUGGUACUGUUAAGGUCAUUGAGCCAUUAUUUGGUGACUGGGGGUCCUCCCCACCUCCUGAUGAUGAAGCUUCAUCAAGUGCCAACAACAACCACUCCUCCAGACAAGUACAAGUAUGAGCGGAACCUUCAACUUUGUCGCAGAAGUCCUUCAGCUUUACUUCAUUGUCAAGCCAAAGCCAACAAAUAAUUCAGGCCAUAAGAAAUAAAAAUUCAGGCCAAAAGAGUAGUUAACAGUCUCAGCUCAUAAUAAGUUAACAGUGUCCUGUAUCCUGAUGUUCAGUGUAUUCAUGUUGUGUUCCUUGGAAAGAUUUCUGUAUUUUGAGACAUUUUGCGUUUGGUAUCUGAUUUCCCUAAUCUCAUUCAUAUA